GCUGCUGCUAUGGCAACGGCUGCGGCUUGUUCCCGUAACUAAAGUUGAGCAGCUGGUUAGCAUGCUGGCCCAGCUGGUUAGCCGGUCGACGCUGUUAACCAGCUCAUUAACUAACUAACUAACUCAACUGGUGUCAUAAUGGCACAGAAGUGACUUCCUGCGGCGUUUAAUCGGCGGUGAGAGCGUCAUGACUGUCCGCUUCAAGAGUCAGAGUGAAUACCAGAAGAGCUACAAGGUUUCCCGGUCCAGAAGUGUGUCUCCUCAGCGCUGCGCCCCGUUGGCCGGCCUGCGCUCUGACCAGAUGGUUAUCAGCAGAGAACCAGGUCUUCAGCGUCGGAAGAGGCUCGGUCCUGCUGGUCCUGCUCAGUCCGGCAACUUUCUGCUCCGUCCACCAGAUCCGCAACUGUCCAUCACUGAGCCAACUCUUCAUGCACACAGAACAGCGCCCCCUGCUGCCUCUAGGAGCCGUUCAGCCCACAGGAAGGAGCCUUCCAUGGACCCAAAACCUCCAACACCAACACCUGGAUCACGGGUAGAACCUGCAUCUUCUGCAGAGCCUGAACCUCCUGCAGGACCACGACCUGCUGCAGAUUCUGAACGUGCUGCACAACCAAGAACAGCUGGAAAAUCUACAAAGCCCCACCCCUCUAAACCUGACAGCCAACCACAGCUCAGCAGCCCUGUGACUGCAGCACCUGACGGACGGCAGCCCUCGGCCAAUGAGGUUCAGCAUGCUCUGCGGUUGAGAGCGGGGUUGAGGUCAGGAGGUCAAAGGUCAGGAAGUCAGAGGACAGAGUACAACAGACAGUUCAGCUGGAAGAAACCUCUGGCUGCUGCUUCACCUGUACUGACUGCAGAACAGGUGCUCUACUCCAGCAGCAAGUCUGUCCCCCCCUUUAAGAAGAACCCCAUUUCCAUGGAAACAGAGUAUCAACAGAACUUCCAGGGUCUGGUCCCGUCCGCCAGACCUCGCCUUCGGAAAUAUCUGGAACAUCAGAGAGUCCCACUGUUUUACACUCACAUGAGCAACAAAAAGAGGAGGGAGGAGUCAGAGAAGAUGCCCGGCCCUGACCAGGUGACCACGCCCCCUCCUCCUCAGGUUCAGAGAGGACACAGGAUGUUGACAGAGUAUCAGUCCAGCUUUCGUUCUCCCCUCUACAGGAUCCCGGAAGAAGGCGGAGAAAUGGACGCAGACGCUGCUCAGGUGAAUGCGAAGGAGUUGAGACAGAAGGCCUUGUUGUACCGCAAUCGAGCCUGGGGCACUAAUUUCUCCAGAGAUCACCUGAGCCAGCUGCUGUCUGAACACAACGCUCUGUGGGAGCCGUCAGACACCACAGACUCCGCUACAGAUCCCACAACCCCCCGUCUGACCUGCGACCUCAGUCACAAUCCAGACAGCCGCAGCUCUUCUUCUGUGGAGGCCCUGGACCUGGCCAGCCGCUCCAGUAACUGCAGUAAGAGGUCUGUCGUGCCGUCAGGUGACAUACAGCAUACAAACAAAAACACACGAACAAAUGCACAAACACCUCCGGGUCCUGCUGCUGAGAGGAUUUUGGCCUGGGGAGGAGAGGAAGAAGAAGAAGAAAAUACAGAUGAGGAGGAGGGAAGGUUACCGACUCCCAGGCUGAAGACGCGACCAGUUCAGAGGACUCACCAUGACGUCACCACACCUGCCACAGGAGGUGCCAUACUUGUGGGUAAGCUGAAGAGCUCUGAUGAAUCUCCGUCCAAACAGCAGAGGUGUGGCUCGGCGGUUUCCGUGGCAGCGGGGGCAGACAACGCCGUUAACCUGCCUGUCACACGUAAGGAGGCGUGGCCAGAAAACAACUCCACCCGCCUCCACUCUUCUGGCCCCGCCCCCAACCACAACCCAGCCUCCAGUCCUCCCUCUAAACCAAUCAGGACAAAGCAAACGCCUUCUUCCCCCGGAGCCCCGCCCCCGCUGGUCCCACCGCCACAGCACUGUAUCCAAGGCACCCUGAGACACCCCGACUUCCAGCACAACGGUGAGUUGGGUUUGAGAUUCAGGGAGCUGCAGUGUUCAGGAGGAGGCUGCGGUUCUGAUGAAGACGACCGUCUCUCGGUGAUGUCGUGGCGUUCGGCAGCUUCCUGCUCCAUGGCGUCCUCUGUCCUGGAGCGCGCUCAGAGGAGACGAGAUAACUUCUGGGGGAAGAGAUGACCCCCCCCCCAACCAGAUCAUUGCUGUCACCAUGGAAACCAGCGUGUUGCUUGUAGAGUUUUUAGUUUGUGAAUCAUUGUUGUAUAAUAAUGUAUUUUCAUAGAAGAAAGUGAUUAAUUUAAAUAGUGAGAAUCAUGUGUUUUUAUAGAUGAACUGAAGGUUCUGGUAAUUAUUCUGCUGCUUUAGUUUUGUAAUAGAUGUUUUUUAUGAAUGUAGUAAAUUAUGUUGCUGCGAUCAAAGUGAUAAAAGUGACAUGAACAAUAUCUCAUUUUUGUUUUUAUGUCAUUAGAGAUGGAUAGAAAUCAUGCAAAUUGUAUGAGUCAUACAAAGUUACCAAAAAAUACAAAAAUGUGAAUGUGAA